GUGUUAAUUAUAGCUUUAGUUUUUUGUAUCGCUCUUUUGGGUUUAAGACUAACACAAACGCACUUAUUAUCGGUUUUAUUAUGUUUAGAAAUAAUAAUAGUAGCACUCUAUUUGGGGUUGGGACUAAUAUCUCUUUCCGGUUUAAAUUAUUCUUUAAUAGUUGCUUUAGUGUUGUUAACAUUUAGUGCUUGUGAGGCAAGUUCAGGCUUAGCUUUACUAGUUUUAAUCUCUCGGAGUCACGGAAGAGAUUUAUUGAAGUCAUUUAAUUUGUCUUAA